AUGCAUGCUGAUAAUGCUAAUCCAUCAAAUUUUUCUGUAGGACAUCAGCCAGUCCAAGGGUCAAGUGUUCAGUUCCUUAUCUUCGGUCUACCUCUAGGUUACACUCCACCAUUUACCAAUGCCACCAACGGAGGACCAACUGUUCAACCACCUGUGCAAAUUUCGAUAGCCACUGAAGGGCAUCCAACUGGAUUUUUUUGCCCACCAAAACCGAUAAGUAAAGCCAUCACUACCCAACAAAAUCCAGCAGCCACAACAGCUGAAACACCUUUAUGUUUUAUGGCUUCAAUUAUGAGUUUUGCAUCUUCAAAACCUUUGUCCUAUCAAGUUUCGUGGUCAAAACAGUGUGAUGAUUAUUAUGAUAACCUGAUUGAACAAAACGACAACAAUGAUAGUCGUUUAGCUAUUGUGCCUUGGGUACCACAAUCUUCCUCCGGUUCUUCACACACUUUUGAUGAUGAUAAGAACAAUAUGAAUACAAUAGAGUUGAUGGAAGCUGAUGAAAUGGAAGAAGAACCAGAAGAUGAAGAUGAAGGAGCCAUGAUGGAUGUAGAACAAGAAGAGAAGAACUUUUCAAGAGGGAUUUCAACAACACUGUUUGUUACCUCAAAACACUUCAACUCCUAUUACUUGGACUCGUUGAAAAUCAUUACCUAG